UGCCCGUUUUACAGAUGAGGAAACGGAGGCCCAAAGGUGCGAAGUGAGCUGCCUCCCCAGAGCCCCUCGCCACUGGACUUCUCGUUCCAGCCGCCGGAGCCCGUCGCCACUGGACCCGUCGUUCCGUCCGUCGGUGCCCAGCUCCCCUGCCCGCAGGAUGCCCGAGGGCCCCGAGCUGUACCUGGCCGGCCGCUUCGUCAACGAGGCGUGCCGGGGCCUGGUGUUCACGGGGCCGGUGGAGAAGUCGUCCGUCAGCCGCAAUCCCGAGGUGCCCUUCUGCAGCAGCUCCUACUGCAUCUCGGCUGCGUCGCGUGGCAAGGAGGUGAAGCUGACCCUCACCCCGCUGACCGGGACCGGCCCCACGGACCUGGUGUUCCGCUUCGGCAUGUCCGGCUCCUUCCGACUGGUCCCGGCCGAUGCCCUGCCCCGGCACGCUCACCUGCGCUUCUACACGGCAGGCCCCUGCCGCCGCGCCCUCUGCUUCGUGGACGUCCGCCGCUUCGGCCGCUGGGAGGUCCAGGGGACCUGGCAGGCGGGCCGCGGGCCCUGCGUCCUCCAGGAGUACCAGAAGUUUAGGGAGAAUGUACUCCAGAACCUGGAAGACAAGGUCUUCAACAAGCCCAUCUGCGAGGCCCUGCUGGACCAGAGAUUCUUUAAUGGUAUUGGCAACUACCUGCGGGCAGAGAUCCUGUACCGGCUGAGGAUCCCACCCUUUGAGAAGGCCCGCACCGUGCUGGAGGCCCUGCGGCAACGCAGGCUGAGUUCGGAGCUGACCCUGAGUCAGAAGGUGAAGGCCAAGCUGCAGAACCCAGACCUGCUGGAGCUGUGCCACACGGUGCCCAUGGAGGUGACUCACCUGGGGGGCAAGGGCUAUGGCACAGAGGAAGAGGAUGAGUUCGCUGCUUUCCACACCUGGCUGCGCUGCUACUCCGUGCCCGGCAUGAGCUCGCUGCGGGACAGCCACGGCAGAACCAUCUGGUUUUACGAAAGAAACGCCGAGGGAGUCGCCCCAAGGGGAAAGCCAGGCCUGACCCCAACACCACCGACGCAGAGGACACGGAACCCACCCGUCGUAGAAACGACCCCAAGGCAGGUCGACGCUCGAGCAGGAAGCCGCGGAAGGAGACGGUCGGCACUGGGACGCCGGGGCCCGAGGAGCGGGUGGAAGAGGCGAGAAUCCGGACCAGAAGCCGGAGGAAACCAACUGCCCCCGAAGACAGUUUGGCCACCGGGGAGAGGGUACCACCACGGCCACGCCGGGAUUCAGGCUCAGCCGUCAGGCGUCGAAAACCCAAAAAGGAGAAAGCUAACGAACUGCUCUGCCCACCCUCGCUGCCCCCCGUGAUGGGCACGGUGCCAGCCUGAACCUCGCCAAGCACGUGAGAUGUGGGCUGGAGCAAGGGGGCUGGCGGAAGCCCCUCCCCGCCCGAUCCCCCGCGGGUUGGCGGUUGUGCCAGGGGGUGUUGGGCUGUGGGGUCCCCAUCCACCCCCUGCUACUGUCUCGUGCUGCCUACUCUGCCUUCACUCCUCCUCCUAAAGUAGGGGGUGGGAGAUGACUGCCGAAAGUGCCUGCACCCAGGGCUCCCCUCCCCGCGACACCCCUUGAGGCUUCCCUUCCCCUCAUCUUGGCUCCUGGCAGGACUAAGUCCCUCUAUGGCCGCAGCUUUCUGCUCUUAUUCUGGACUGCCCUAAACGUGUAGCCGUGUGCUGGGCUCUCGUGGCUCAGGUCAGGAGGGGCUGGCUGGAGCCUCGGGCCCAGGAAACGGCACCCUCUUCUUGCUGAGGUUUUUGGGUUCCUCUUCGCCGAUGUGCGCUGCCAUGCUCUGCUGCCCCUGCGGGACCCUGCUCUAUUUUUAAUACCGACAAUAAAGUUUUUCUGAAGCGGG